ACUGGCAGUCGUCUGGUUUUUUAUCUGCCGCUGAUCUUGACUGUUGGCUUCUAUAUAUGGGAGAAUAAGAGCAAUGCGUUGUAGAUUCCUUCUGGAUCCAAAUCUUGCACGCAUGAGGCCAAACCAUUCUGUGUGUGCACCACCUGCCUACAUCCCCACCAGCUCUGCUCUGCAUUUCCAUUCCUCUGACUCAUCUGGGAAACGGCUGCAGUGCUGGACAUGGACACAGAGGAUGACCCCUUGUUGCAGGACGCCUGGCUGGAUGAGGAGGACGAAGAGGUUGCCUUCAGCUCAAGGAAGAGGCGGGAGGGUGCUCUGUUGUGUGGCAAAAGCUCCUGCAGGGUCAGGCCUCUGCGUGUCACACUGCCAGUCAGUGGCUUCUGGAAUAUCGUAGGCUGGAUAUUUACCAACCCAUACUGCGCUGGCUUCAUCCUUUUCCUGGGCUGUGCCAUCCCUGCUGUGCUCGCUGUUGUCAUGUUCCUCCACUACCCAGCGCUGGACAUUGAUAUCUCCUACAACGCCUUUGAGAUCCGUAACCACGAGUCCUCGCAGCGCUUCGAUGCGCUCGCCUUGGCCCUCAAGUCCCAGUUUGGGUCAUGGGGGAGGAACCGCCGUGACCUGGCUGACUUCACCUCCGAAACCCUGCAGAGGCUCAUCUUUGAGCAGCUCCAACAGCUGCACCUCAACGCUUCCCACCUGCAGGUCAGCACGCGGGCCAAGCGCAGCGCCCCGCAGGGCAGGACUCGCUCCCUUGAGCCCCGUGCCCACCCACACCCAGGCAACGAGACAUCCCGUGUCACGAGGGGAGCCCCACGCUGGGACUACUCCAACACUUACAUCAGUGCCAACACGCAGGCGCACGCGCAUUGGCGCAUUGAGCUCAUCUUUCUGGCCCGGGGGGACUCUGAGAACAACAUCUUCACCACGGAGCGCCUGGUUACCAUCCAUGAGGUUGAACGUAAGAUCAUGGAUCACCCUCGCUUCCGGGAGUUCUGCUGGAAGCCCCACGAGGUCCUGAAGGACCUGCCCUUGGGCUCCUACUCCUACUGUUCCCCUCCCAGCUCCCUCAUGACUUACUUCUUUCCCACGGAGAGAGGAGGGAAGAUUUACUACGAUGGUAUGGGACAAGACCUUGCUGAUAUCCAAGGGUCCUUGGAGCUGGCCAUGACCCACCCCGAGUUCUACUGGUAUGUAGAUGAGGGUUUGUCUGCUGAGAACAAGAAGAGCUCCCUGCUGCGGAGCGAGAUCCUCUUUGGGGCACCACUGCCCAACUACUACUCAGUGGAGGAUCGCUGGGAGGAGCAGCGCCACAAGUUCCAGAACUUUGUCGUCACCUACGUGGCCAUGCUGGCCAAGCAGUCCACGAGCAAAGUCCAGGUGCUGUAUGGAGGGACAGAUUUGUUUGACUAUGAAGUGAGGAGGACAUUCAACAAUGACAUGUUGCUGGCCUUCAUCAGCAGUAGCUGCAUAGCUGUCCUGGUUUACAUCCUUACCUCCUGCUCAGUGUUCCUGUCAUUCUUUGGCAUCGCCAGUAUUGGACUGAGCUGUCUGGUGGCUCUGUUCCUGUACCACGUCGUUUUUGGGAUCCAGUACUUGGGCAUACUCAAUGGUGUGGCUGCCUUUGUCAUUGUGGGGAUUGGGGUUGAUGAUGUCUUUGUGUUCAUCAACACCUACCGCCAAGCCACCCACCUCAAAGACCUGCGGCUGCGCAUGAUCCACACAAUCCAGACAGCAGGGAAGGCCACCUUCUUCACUUCCCUGACCACAGCUGCAGCUUAUGCUGCCAACAUCUUCUCUCAGAUCCCAGCUGUGCAUGACUUUGGACUCUUCAUGUCGCUGAUUGUGUCCUGCUGCUGGGUGGCUGUGCUCUUUACCAUGCCAGCUGCUCUCGGAAUAUGGACUCUUUAUGUGUCCCCACUAGAGAGCUCCUGCCAAACCAGCUGCAGUCAGAAGUGCACCAAGAAGAGUGCUUUGCACCUGGCUGAGGAUCUCUUCGUUGCCUCAGAGGGCACCUCCAGAGCAGGCCGAGAGACGCUGCCCUACCUCGAUGAUGACAUCCCACUGCUCAGCGUGGAGGAGGAGCCUGUCUCCCUGGAAAUGGGGGAUGUUCCCUUGGUAUCUGUGAUGCCAGAAAAUCUGCAGCUGCCUGUGGAGAAGAGCAACCGAGGUCAUCUGAUAGCUCAUCUCCAGGAGCUUCUGGAGCACUGGGUGCUGUGGUCUGCAGUGAAGAGCAGAUGGGUGAUUGUGGGGCUCUUUCUCCUCGUUUUGCUCCUGUCCAUAUUCUUUGCCAGCCGCCUCCGCCCAGCUAGCCGUGCUCCAGUCCUGUUCCGGCCAGACACCAACAUCCAGGUGCUGCUAGACCUGAAAUACAACCUGAGUGCUGAAGGCAUCUCCUGCAUUACCUGCUCAGGUUUGUUUCAGGAAAAGCCCCACAGUUUGCAGAACAACUUCCGAACAUCCUUGGAGAAAAAGAAGAGAGGCUCUGGAUCACCCUGGGGAAGUAAAGGGAGCAUAACUGAUACAGGGCAGCAAGAUCUGCAGGGGACUGUGUAUAUCUCCAAGUCCAGAAGCAAAGGAAGGCCAGCCAUCUACAGAUUCUCUCUCAAUGCCAGCAUCCCUGCCCCCUGGCAGAUGGUGUCACCGGGAGAUGGAGAGGUGCCUUCAUUCCAGGUGUAUAGAGUGCCUUUCGGUAACUUCACCAGGAAGCUGACAGCUUGUGUGUCCACAGUAGGGCUGCUUAAGCAGACGAGCCCCAGGAAGUGGAUGAUGACUACCUUGUCCUGUGAUAGCAAGAGAGGCUGGAAGUUCGACUUCAGUUUCUACGUGGCCGCCAAGGAGCAGCAGCGAACACGGAAGCUGUAUUUUGCCCAAUCACACAAGCCUCCUUACCAUGGCCGAGUGUGUGUGGCACCUCCUGGUUGUCUCCUCAGCUCCAGCCCAGAUGGACCCACCAAAGGCAUCCUUUAUGUUCCCAGUGAGAAAGCAGCACCCAAAGCAAGGCUCUCGGCGACUUCUGGGUUUAAUCCUUGCAUGAACACGGGCUGCGGGAAGCCAGCAGUGCGACCACUGGUGGACACAGGCGCCAUGGUGUUCGUCGUCUUUGGCAUCCGAGGGGUGAAUCGUACCAAGCACUCGGACAACCACGUCAUCGCAGACAUGGGCAGCGUUAUCUACGAUGACAGCUUCGACCUCUUCAAAGAGAUUGGCAACCUGUGUCGCCUCUGCAAAGCCAUCGCCAGCAACACCGAGCUUGUGAAGCCAGGAGGGGCUCAGUGCCUGCCCUCGGGUUAUAGCAUCUCCUCCUUUCUGCAGAUGUUGCACCCUGAGUGCAAGAACAUCCCUGAGCCGAACCUGCUGCCUGGACAGCUCUCUCACGGGGCAGUGGGAGUGAAGGAUGGGAAGGUGCAGUGGAUCUCCAUGGCAUUUGAAUCAACAACCUACAAAGGGAAAUCUUCCUUCCAGACGUAUGCUGAUUAUCUGAAAUGGGAGACAUUCCUGCAGCAGCAACUCCAGCUCUUCCCAGAGGGUUCUGCUCUCCGUCAUGGUUUCCAGACCUGUGAGCACUGGAAGCAGAUCUUCAUGGAGAUUAUAGGAGUGCAGAGUGCCCUGUAUGGUCUCAUCCUUUCGCUGGUUAUUUGUGUGGCUGCAGUGGCAGUGUUCACCACUCACAUCCUCCUCCUGCUGCCAGUGCUGCUCAGCAUUUUAGGUGUGGUCUGCCUGGUGGUGACCAUCAUGUACUGGUCUGGCUGGGAAAUGGGGGCUGUGGAAGCCAUUUCUCUGUCCAUCCUCGUUGGCUCUUCUGUCGAUUACUGCGUGCACUUGGUGGAGGGCUACCUGCUGGCAGGGGAAAACCUGCCGCUGCACCACGCAGAGGACCCCACAGCCUGCCGCCAGUGGAGGACGAUUGAAGCUAUCCGUCACGUGGGCGUAGCAAUUGUCUCGAGUGCUGUCACCACCGUGAUUGCCACCGUCCCGCUCUUCUUCUGCAUCAUUGCCCCUUUCGCCAAGUUUGGGAAGAUCGUGGCCCUCAACACGGCAGUCUCCAUCCUAUACACGCUGACUGUGAGCACAGCCCUGCUGAGCAUCAUGGGGCCCGGCACCUUCACCCGGAGCAGGACUUCCUGCCUCAAGGCUGUGGCAGGGGUGCUUCUCGCUGGCCUGCUGGGUCUAUGCAUCUGCCUUGCCCUGCUAAAGGGUGGAUUUAAGAUCCCUCUCCCUAAUGGGACAGCCCUGUAGACCUCACACCGAGAGCCACACGAUCUGUCCUCUUGCUCCCUUUUCUUUUUUUCUUUCUUUUUUUUUUUAAAGGAUAUUUUUUGUAAGAAAAAAAAAGAGGAAAAAAAAUCCUGUUUUUUCCAGAAGUUUUUCAACUCCAGAUGCACUUUAUUUUCUAAUGGGUUUUGCUCUAAACUUGUAUUUAUUUCAGAAGUGAUGGAUGGAUGACGGACAGUGAGGGCUGCCCAGGGAAUUCCUCAGCCCAUGAGUAGGAGGGGAGAAGGUGCUCUUCUCUCAAUUUUCUUUCUGCUUUUCUUUUUUUAAAUGAACAGAGCUUUCUGGAACCACAAAGGUAAAGAAGUCAGGUAGGCCGUCUGACCCCUUUCAAACUGCUUCCUUUCUGUCCUUGACAUGGCCAGGGUCAGCAUUGUGACGAUGGCUUUAGAGGUGAUGUCCUGUCCCAUAACAGGGCUGUGCAUCAACACCUGAGCCUUGCAAAGGGCAGCGAGGCCUGGGGAAUAGCAUUGCUUUGCUAUGCCCCGUGCUCAGCUGCAAACUCACUGCACAGGAUGCAUUUCCCAGCUAGCUCUUACUGGGGUGGUUGUGAAAUUAAAAUGAGAGAUUUUGGGGCAGCACCACCUGCUGGGACCUGCUUUCAUUGUUAGCGGGGAAUGCCAGGACAUGUGGCUCUUUCUUUCAUAAAGGACGCCGGUCCUCUCACUGGGAUCCCUUGUGUCUCUGAACAGUCAUCAGAACACUGUUGGUGCCUACAGGGCCCUGUCCUCCUCUCCUUCUUGCCAAGGUAGCAGUGGUGUCCUGUCCCAGCUCCCGCUCUGUUUGUGACUUCACCAAUCUACCUCUGCUCUUCAUGGCAGAGAGAGAACUGAAGACCUUCAGCUCGGUACAAAGAUUUUUGCUCCAGGACCUGGCAUCCAGCACUUAGCCUGAGGAUAAACUAACCCCUGUAGCAAGGUAGAGCCCAUAGCUGGCAGCAUGCGUGGAUUAACAGUGGGGCAUUCUCUGUGGCAGCUCAGAGACCCUGCUGUGCAGACAUGAAGGCAGCAGAGCUUCAGCCUGAGGCUGCUGCCUGCUCAAAGCAGAUGGUUUAUAUUAAAGUAAAAUGAAAUUGCAAACUGGUGCCAUUAACAAGUACAUUUUAAGCAUCACUGAUUCCAUCAUAUUCUUAAAAUUGAAAUAACUAAGUGUGUGCGUUGAUAUGCAGCACAUCUGGUCCUUGGCAGAAGGGGAGGGGUCAGGCCCACUGGGAGAUGCAUUAAACAUUAUUUACAGGGAUGCCAACAGAAAGAGGUGGCUGGAAAGCAGCCCGACUCCUCAUUUGUUUGCAGAUACCAUGUCCCCGAUGGCUUUGCAUUCUCUGUCUGGAUUGACCCCCUUUUUAAAAUGGAAAUGCCAGGAAGCUGGUCCCUCGUGCCAGCCACGUUCUGGGGACUGUGCUGCUGAGACAGACCAGCAGCUGCUGCUGCUUGGCUCACUAUAUCCCUGGUUUAAUCCCUGCCAGUCUCUUACAUCUUCACAUCAUGUUGUUCCUCUGAAACAGGAUCAAACAUUUGUUCCUAAACUAGGUUCCCCAAGGCAUCAGCUGGAGAGAAGGGAUUGAGGACAGGAGUCUCCUUAGGCUUUGUUGAUGCCAGGAGAAAUCUAGAGCAAUCCAUGAGGGUGGUGAAAGCAUGAGCAAACAGGACCUGGUUUUCUUCCUCACCAUCACCAUGGCACAGCUGAGUUACCCUUUUCUGCAGGAUUUACUGUUCCUUGACCCCUGUCUCUGCUCUGCCCAGCUCCUACAGGAUGAACCCUGAUGAAUAAAUGGUUCUGGGAAGGAUUUUCAACCUUCCUAAACCUGUGGUUCUUUGAGAGCUGCUAUACAAGGCUCAGCCACACUGAUCUGCAAGCCCUGCUUUCCCUGAUGUCUCAUCUCCAGAUUUAAUUACUAGUGGUGCCCUGCGCACUUGUAAAUGGCAGCAAGCACAGAGGGCAGCGUGCUGAUGACAUACAGCGAUCUACAUGGGUGUUGUGGGGCAGAGUGCAGGAGCCCUGGUGCUGCUGCCAAGGAUGCUCUGACUGGAAGGCUUGACCCAUAUUCACCUAUUGCUUCAACCUUCUUCGAGUGAUUAAAGCUGAUGGUUAUUUCCAGGUCGCCAGACAAGAGAGGAAGGUGCUGAGUUAAGCCUUGCAGCAUGUCCCUUCUGUGAGCACGGAGAAGCACUGAAAGAUCUUUAAGGCGAGGCACAGAUCUGCUUUAAUCCUGCAAAACUUAACGCGCAUUCAUGCCCCAGGUAUCCCACAGUUUUACUCACUAUAAAGAGGCUAAUAUAAGCUCCUCACUUCCAGAGUGAUGCUGGGCACGCCAUGCUGAGACCAGUCCCUCAGCCAUUCUCAGAAAGCAAAGAUUAGUUUCAAAGUAGUGGAAAAGCUUUUGUGCCUCCGGGUUCUGAUUUAUCAGUGUCUGAUCUCAGACAAAAAUAACAGCAUUCUUAGCACCCAACAGGUUCUGUCCCAUUUUCUGGAGCAGGAAGGGGGAAGGACUGCUUUCUUAUCCUCUCUAGCUAGUCAGAGCAGUAGGGCAGGCUGAUAUGAGCAGGAACAACACCUUCUCCAUGUUUGCCCAAGUGGCUCUGGGAACACGCUAGAAAAGCAAUGGCUGGAGUGAUUCAGGAAGGAAAAGAAAAGACUAAGGUAAGUAUAGCAGAUGAUUUGCAAAGGCAUACUGAGGAGAUGGUGUCCCUCCAGCAGGAAGCUGAGGCAGAGUUAGGAUUUGGAGCUCACUCCAAGUUAUAGUAGAAUAGCCAGGAGAUGAUCCCAGAUUAUGCUUUCCAGUGCAGGUGCCCACUGGACAUUGAUAAGCUGAAAAUUUAAUGGUCACAACACUUGGGUUUUAGAUGUAGAAGCACAGAAUAUCCUGCAGAGUGUUGCAGAGUGAAGGAGAAACAGAAGUGGAGCCCAGCCUUCCCUAGCAUACUUGCAACACUGUCUUGGUGGAGACAGUAAAUCAGUGGCAGAUGCAUACAUCCAUCUCCCUGGCAUUAGAAAAUAUUCAUAAAAUUAUAGGGGUAAGAAAAUGGAUGGGUUUAUCUGAGCAAGCAUGAAGGUGGGGCUGACAGCCCUGCUGGGAAUCAGUGCUCUGAGGCAGAUGCUUGUAGCAAUAAAAAGCAAAGGCUCACCUGUCUAGCGCUGUUCAGGAGCAGAUGCUUGCCCUAAAUUAAUUCCUCCCAAAUCUCUACCCAUCUUCUUUCUCUGAUGCCCAGAGCAUCUCUUGGGCCCUGUCACCUUGCUGUGCAAGGUUCCGCCUUCUCAGUGGUACCUCCUUUGCCUAAGAUGCUCACAGAUGCUGAACUAAGGCAUGCUGGAGACUUUCUCAGAAUUUCUCAGGCAGGGGAAGCUAAGGUGCUAAAAUUCUUCAUAUAAAGCUGCCAGUUUCAGUGUUCUUAAAUAGUUGAACACAUUGUCAUGGAAAUAUUUCAUCCUGGCUUUACUUGUGAGAGAACGCACUGUUUUUCCAUUUCAAAACAAUCUUACUGCUGCAGUUAAAAAGAAACAUACACGGGUUCUCAGUUACAGCACACUGCAAUUAAUAUUUGUUAUCUGCCCAUCCUCUUUUUUUUUUUUUUUUUUUGGUAAGUUCUGUUUUGAAGGAUACCUUCUGAGAAGUUAACAUUUCAGGAUGGAAACUGUAAUCUCCUAGAGCUGAUCAUCUGAUCAUCUAGAGCUGAUCCUGUCCUGACAAGAAGCCCUCAGUAGUUACAGGAGGGCAUUGAUUCCUGUUUGCCAAAGCAGAGAUAUGUACAGAGCUGCUGCCUUUAGAAUUGCUGCUGCGUGAGUUCAAGGUUCCCCACAGACAAUGGUGAGAAUAGGACUCACAACAGCUUUGGAGCAAAGAGGAACAGAGCUGAUGUGCUUUGCAAAGAUCAGUGUCAGAAAUAGACCCAGGUCUCCUCACUCCAUUUCUUUGCUUUUGUUGCAGUGGUUCUUGAGGCGCUGGGUUCAUGCAGGGCCUGUACAGGCAAUGGAGUCAUCAGGGCUGGCCACCAAUCUUGGUGGUUUCAAAGGCUGCAAAUACUGGAAAGGGAUCAGUGACUGUGCUGGGCUGUGAUCUCUGUCCCAAGCAAAGCCAGCCUGGAAAUUAUCCCCAAGGAGAAGGAUAUAUGGCGUGCUUACAGAGCUGUUUGCACACUGUGUUGGCAAUCUGGCUGCAGGGGUCUCCUGAGACCCCCUGAGACCCCUGACUUUGUCACCACUGGAACAAACUGGGAUGUUGCUUUUAUGUCACAGCACCUCAUUUUGGCGUGUGCUGCACUGAAUUUUCUUACCAGAGCGGCUUGCCCUCUUGGAAAAUUAUGAAAGGCCACGUAAAUGUGUGCACACUGUCCGGCAGGAAAACUGUGCUGAUUGAUUUGCAGCCAGGCAGGGCAAGUCUCUUAGUAAUUAGCAAAAUCACUCCUCACCCGGAUAGCAUGCAAGUCACAGUUCACAGGUUAUCCUGUUUCAAAGCCCUUUACUAACUCCUCUUCCUCAGCUUCACACCCAGGUCCUGGAAUUGGAAACUCUCACAGAACCCAUUCAUCAGAAUGGAGGUGUGGGAUGCGUCCUCCCCUUGGGGGCAGCAGGGGGGGUGAUAGGAGGACUGGAGGCAGAGCAGCAGGCAGGAAGGUUUGCAGGGAAGAGAGCAAAGAAGAGGGAUGAUGUGGGAGAGGGGGCAGGAGCACCUCAAAGUGCUGCCGCUUCGCCACGUGCCUGCAGACCUUCGCAUCGGUUCUCAGAGUGAUGUAGCACAAUUCGCAAUGUAACGUCCGCGUGUUACUUUUUGUAAGUCGUCUCCUACUCUCCCUAUUUUCAAUGUUCCUUGAUUUUUGGAGACUUGUAAAUAAAAGAUUUUGACACUG